UCAGUUGUAAGAGCUCUUUAUGUAUUCUGGAUAUAGGUACUUUGUUAGAUAUACAUACUGAGAAUGUUUUCGCCCAGUCUGUCUUUUACUUUCUUUAAUGGUAAAAUUUGAAAAUCCUAAGUUUUAAAUUUUUGAUAAAGUCCAAUUUACCACAUUUUCCCCUCAUGGUUCUUGCUUUUGAUAUCCCAACAAAUCUUUGCCUUCUCCAAAGUCAUGGGGAUUUUUUCCUGUUUUCCUCUGAAAGUUUUAGUUUUAGUGUUGAUGUGUAGGGUAGUGAUUCAUUGUGAAUUAAUUUUUAUGUGAGGCAUAGGGUUGAGGUUCAUUCUUUUCCAUACAGAUAACCAGUUGCUUCAGCACCAUUUGUUGAAAAGAUUGUUCAUUUCUUAUUGAAUUACUUUGCCAUCUUUUGAAAAUAGAUUAGCCACAUACAUGUGGAUCCUUUUCUGGACUUUCUGUUUCGUUUAUCUCUACGGGCAUACUUCAGAGAUGUUGCAGGUUUGAAUCCGGACCACCAUAAUCAAGUGAAUAUCGUAAUAAAGUUCUCAGCACGAUGCCCCGGCUCUGCAGGAAGCUGAAGUGAGAGGCCCGGAGAGGGCCCAGCCCGCCGGGGGCAGGAUGACCAAGGCCCGGCUGUUCCGGCUGUGGCUGGUGCUGGGGUCGGCGUUCAUGAUCCUGCUGAUCAUCGUGUACUGGGACAGCGCGGGCGCCGCUCACUUCUACCUGCACACAUCCUUCUCCAGGCCGCACGCGGGGCCGCCGCUGCCCACCCCUGGGCCGGACAGAGACAGGGAGCUCACGGCCGACUCCGAUGUCGACGAGUUUCUGGACAAGUUUCUCAGUGCCAGUGUGAAGCAGAGCGACCUUCCCAGAAAGGAGACGGAGCAGCCGCCCGCCCCGGGGAGCAUGGAGGAGAGCGUGAGAGGUUACGACUGGUCCCCGCGGGACGCCCGGCGCAGCCCCGACCAGGGCCGGCAGCAGGCGGAGCGGCGGAGCGUGCUGCGGGGCUUCUGCGCUAACUCCAGUCUGGCCUUCCCCACCAAGGAGCGCGCAUUUGACGACAUCCCCAACUCGGAGCUGAGCCAUCUGAUCGUGGACGACCGGCACGGCGCCAUCUACUGCUAUGUGCCCAAGGUGGCCUGCACCAACUGGAAGCGCGUGAUGAUCGUGCUGAGCGGGAGCCUGCUGCACCGCGGCGCGCCCUACCACGACCCCCUGCGCAUCCCACGCGAGCACGUGCACAAUGCCAGCGCGCACCUGACCUUCAACAAGUUCUGGCGCCGCUAUGGGAAGCUCUCCCGCCACCUCAUGAAGGUCAAACUUAAGAAGUACACCAAGUUCCUCUUCGUGCGUGACCCCUUUGUGCGCCUCAUCUCCGCUUUCCGCAGCAAGUUUGAGCUGGAGAACGAGGAGUUCUACCGCAAGUUCGCUGUGCCCAUGCUGCGGCUGUACGCCAACCACACCAGCCUGCCCGCCUCAGCGCGGGAGGCCUUCCGCGCCGGCCUCAAGGUGUCCUUCGCCAACUUCAUCCAGUACCUGCUGGACCCGCACACCGAGAAGCUGGCGCCCUUCAACGAGCACUGGCGGCAGGUGUACCGCCUCUGCCACCCAUGCCAGAUCGACUACGACUUCGUGGGGAAGCUGGAGACUCUGGACGAGGACGCCGCGCAGCUGCUGCAGCUGCUCCAGGUGGACCAGCGCCUCCGCUUCCCCCCGAGCUACCGGAACAGGACCGCCAGCAGCUGGGAGGAGGACUGGUUCGCCAAGAUCCCCCUGGCCUGGAGGCAGCAGCUAUACAAACUCUAUGAGGCCGACUUUGUUCUCUUCGGCUACCCCAAGCCCGAAAACCUCCUCCGAGACUGAAAGCUUCCGCGGCAGGUCCUUCCGCUUGUGCCCAGAACCUGCCGCACGUGCACUCCAGUUUUUUUAUGACCUACGAUUUUACAAUCUGGGCUUCUUGUUUACUCCACUGCCUCUAUCCAUUGAGUACUGUGUCCAUAUUGUUUUUUAAGAUUAAUAUAUUUCAGAUAUUUAAUACGAAACGUGGAAGGGAAUGCUGGAGUAAAAUCUCCCCUCUGCCCGCC